AAUCAGAAAACAGCUAUUAAACGUACCUGUGAUGUUGCUCAUAAAUUCAUGACUGAUGCCGUCGAAAAGGAAAUCAAACUUACUCAGAAUUCAAGCAAAGAAACUGUUGAAGUUGAUAUGUCUAACCUUGAUAUUGAACCUGGCAAAAAUACAUUAUCUGCUGCAGUGAUAAAGGACCAAUUACGUAUCAAGGAAGCUGAAAAACAAACAGAAAUGAAUUCAAAAGAAGCACGAAGAUUGAGAAGGCAAUUGAAUAUUCCCACUGCUGAUAAUGAAUAUAUUUGGCUUGGCGUAUUCAGAGGUCUAAUAAGUAUUGAGACGCAGUCAGAUAAUCAAAAAUAUUAUGAGAAGUUAUCAAAAAAGUAUUGAACUAUACCAAUUGCUAUUAGUAGUUUCAGUCAGUGAUGAACACAAAAGUUUG